AUGGCUUACGGAAGAGGAGGAAAGAGAGGCGGUGGCGGUGGCGGUGCAGCUGCCGGUGGCAAGUUGAACAAGCGCGCGAUCGAGAGAUCAAAGGCCAAUCACAAGGGACAGGAGCGUCAUGUGCUCUAUGGCAAUGAGGAGGGCGUCGAGGAUAUUAGACGUAGGAACGGUGAUUCCUCCGACGAGGAGGUCGACGACUCUGGCAGCGAGCACUCAUCUGGAGAGGAGGUCGACGAGUCAUCAGAGGACGAGAAGCCAGUGGCUUCUGCUCCAAAGGUAGACGCUAGCAAUCCAAACAGAGUCAAGACAGUCACCAAGAAGGUGUCAGAUCUGCCGGUUGGACAUAAGGUUGAACUAUCAAGAAGAGAGAAAGAGGAGGUUGCUAAGCAACAGGCACAGAUUAGAGCACAGGAGAAACAGCAGAAGGCUGAUAUGGAAAGACUGCUCGUCAUUAGAAAGCAAAGAGAGGAGGCUGCAAAGAAGAGAGAAGAGGAGAAGAAGGCUAUGGAGGAGAAGGCUGCAGAGAAGAGAAGAACAGGCCUAUAA